GAAGGUAGUGUGAGUCCCAUGCUCUUCUGGACCUAGAAUUUAAAUACUAAUUGAUACCAUUGGAAAACUGCUUGAUAUUUUUAUAGUGCAGUGACUUUGCAAGCAAAAAUUUUCAAGAUUUUAUAUGAUUUUUAAAAAAUCAACUCAGAUGUUUGGAAUUUGGAUUGCUGCACUUUUAUUCUUUGGCAAAUCACCAGCUGCAGGGGAAGAAGUUUGCUAUGAAAGGGUGGGAUGCUUUAAAGAUGGUCUGCCAUGGACUGGGACCUUCUCAAGACAGUUUGCAGGGUUACCAUGGUCUCCAGAAAAGAUAAACACUCGCUUUCUGCUCUACACUAGACAGAAUCCCAAAGUCCAUCAGGAAGUCAGUGCAGUCAAUUAUUUAACUAUCCAAGCCUCACACUUUGCAACAGACAAGAUCACACGUAUCAACAUACCUGGAUGGAAAUCAGAUGGCAAAUGGCAACAAGUCAUGUGCAAUGUACUGCUAAAAGUAGAAGAUGUGAACUGCAUUAAUUUAGACUGGAUUAACGGUUCACUGCAAUAUAUCCACGCGGUAAACAAUCUCCGCGUUGUUGGUGCUGAGGUGGCUUAUUUUAUUGAUGUUCUCGUGAAAAAAUUUGGAUAUUCUGCUUCUAAAGUACACUUGAUUGGCCACAGCUUGGGAGCUCAUCUGGCUGGGGAAGCUGGGUCAAGAACGCCAGGCCUCGGAAGGAUCACUGGGUUGGACCCAGCAGGGCCGUAUUUCCAUGACACUCCAAAUGAAGUCAGGCUGGAUCCCUCAGACGCCAACUUUGUUGAUGUUAUCCAUACAAAUGCAGUUCGCCUCUUCUUUGAGCUUGGUGCUGGAACUAUUAAUGCUUGUGGUCACCUUGACUUUUACCCAAAUGGAGGGAAGCACAUGCCAGGAUGUGAAGAUUUAAUUACACCUUUAUUUAAAUUUGAUCUCAAUAUUUACAAGGAAGAAGUGUUUUCCUUCUUUGAUUGCAACCAUGCCCGAAGUCAUCGCUUUUAUGCUGAAAGCAUUCUCAAUCCUGAUGCAUUUAUUGCUUAUCCCUGUACAUCCUACGAAUCUUUUAAAGCAGGAAAUUGCUUUCAUUGUCCCAAGGGAGGUUGUCCAACAAUGGGUCAUUUUGCUGAUAGAUUUCACCUCAAAAAAAUGAAGCCUAAUAGAUUAUAUUAUUUUUUAAACACAGGGACUCUUUCACCAUUUGCCCGUUGGAGGCAUAAACUGUCUGUCAAACUUGAUGGGAACAGCGUCACUCAAGGAAGUGUAUUUCUCCGUGUAGGUGGAAUGACUGGGAAGACAGGCGAGUUUGAGUUUGUCAGUGGAACACUGAAGCCAGGCAUGACUUAUACAGAUUUAAUUGAUGCAGACAUUAACGUUGGAAACAUUACAAGCAUUGAGUUCAUUUGGAAGGAGUAUUCAUUUGAGCAUUCUCAGAGUAAGCUGGGAGCAGAAAUGGUGAUAGAUAUAUCUGGAAAAUAUGGAUAUAAAUCUGCUUUCUGUAGCCAAAACAUCGUAGGACCUAAUAUUGCCCAGAUCCUGAAACCAUGCUAAUCUCAGAUAUAUCAGAUAUAAUCUUGAUGGAUUUGCUUAAUGGGAGCAGUGGGAAAAUUAAUCUCCUUCUAGCUGGCAUCCAGACCAAACUUGGCCCUUGUAAAUCAGAUAGAAAGGUAUAGUUGCUUUUUUUCUAUAUAGGAUAUUUUUCUUAUUGAAAAGCUUUUACCUGAACCUUAAAACCAGACUGAGCCCUGGGACGAAUACAGUACUGUGACUUAUAGGAUUCUGGCUUUCAGUGACCAAAUAGAGCUGUGUUGCAAUUUCUUUGAAUUAAGAAAUGGUGAUCCAUUAAGCUAUUAAGAAAUAGCUUCAGGAAUGGUGCUAUAGACCUGUCAGUGAAAAUGAGCCUCUGUCUGAUUGAGUGUUUGAAGUACAUUCAGAGCAUUUCCAGGUGGAAUAGCCAUUAUUCAAAAUGGUUUGAAGAAUAUUUGCUAUGUUGUUAAAUUUUGCUAAGACAAAUUAUGUCUAUAGCUCAUGAUGUAUAGUAGAUGGUAACCCCUUGGGUUGGUACAUCUAUUGAUUAAUAAUGAAAACUAAUGAGAGCAUAUUAGUAUUUUCAAAUCAUUCCUUGGUCUUCAGAGUGAGUGAGAGGUAGAAGAGAUUUUGGAGCUUAUCUGUGAUCAGUAAGUAACAGGUCCUGAGGAUCUUCAGCAUCUUCUUCUAGAAGCCUCCUAUCACAGAAUUACUUAUCCCUCUGGGCCUUGAAGGUCCCGUUACAAAUUUGUAUUUAUUCUAAGGCAGCAUUUCAUUUCCAAAGCACUUGAUGAAUGCUUUGCAUUUCUAAUA